UGAUGAGUAAAUACCAGUUGGAAGAAGCAUAUGAACAUUUAGUGGGACAUCCUUUGUGUGGUCAAGGAAAGCUCAAACAAACGCUUUGUGUGCAAUGUGCCCAGAGACUGGUGAACUUUAGCGCAUUCAGAGACAAGAGCUUGAGAGCGCGCUCCCUGAUGAUGGAGCUACUUGACAGACAUGAAGUGAUAACUAUACGACAUGUCAAAUUGAUAAGCCGCGUAAAAUACCAACUACAGUCCGACAUUGUCUCGGCGGUGUCGGAGCCCGACUACUGCGAUGUGUACAUAGCACACUCCGACGCGGACGGAGGGACAGAACUAGACGCGACUGCCGCAACUGACGAAGCAGUUGCAGUCAAACGGGAAGCCGAGCCAGCCGCCGCCCAAACAGAGUUAUAUCCUUUCAGCCACAUGAUUCCCAAGCCGGAGUCGUCGGGGGACUGCGAGCAAGCUUCGGUCGCUCCUUCGGUACUCGCGACCAAUCACGGAAACGAAGAACAUCCGACUGAUACAGACGACGAGUUGGAUAUAUUGUCUUUUGAAAAUAAUACAAACAUUUUUGUAUAUUCAGGGAAAUCCCAGGACCCCUUACUAAAACUGAAGGAAUCGUUGGCGAAAAUAAGUGAUAAUAUCAAUUUGCGAACAGCGAGGCCAAAUGUUCUUUUGAAAAACGAACACAAUUCCCAGGAUAUAUCCAGUACACAGUUAGGAAACUAUACUGACCAGAUACAGUAUAUCUGUGACGUGUGCCAAAAGAUAUUUCAACGGAAAAGUUCCUUAGUUACUCACAUUAGGGCGCACACUUACGCAAACACUUUCUCAUGUAAGUUAAGAGAGCGCAAAUUCACUCAAAGUAGUACGUCAUCGAGCCCCAGGAGGACUCACACUAGCGAUAAGCCUUUCGUGUGCAAGUUGUGCAAUUAUAAAUGUACAGAAAAUAGUAAUUUAGUGAGUCACAUGAGGACUCACACUGGCGAAAAGCCUUUCGCUUGUAAGUUAUGUAAAUACAAAUGUACACAAAAUGGUAAUUUAGUGAGAAAAAUAAAACCAAUGCUCUAG